UGCAGCUCUGAAGGCACAGACACCCUCAACAUCUGCCUGUGUUUAUCUCUCUCUACUCUCCUCUCCUCCCACUCAAUUACUCGCCGCUGCUCGAUUCUCUAACUCUCUCUCUCUCUCUCUUUCUGGUGUCAGUCGUCUCUUCUAACUCUCGCUCGUCUCUCGCACAGCUGAUCUCCCGGCGUUGUCAUGGCUUCGUUCGGCUUCGACCCGUUCUUCCCCUCCUCCCACCGCCGUAGGGUGGUGGUGCGCAGUGGCAGCAGCGGUGGCUACGGGGGGCCGUCUCGCUCACGCUCCGUCUUCACCUCCUACUCCGCCCCCCACUACGCGCUGACCGUGUCGUCGGGCCGCGAGCUGGACCUGGGCCAGGCGGCGCAAGUGAGCUCGGAGCUGAAGGCGGUGCGCACGGCCGAGAAGGCGCAGCUGCAGGAGCUGAACGACCGCUUCGCCGGCUUCAUCGAGCGCGUGCACCACCUGGAGCUGCAGAACCGUGCGCUGGAGGCCAAGCUGCAGGUGCUCCGACAGCGCCACGGCGAGCCCACCUGCCUGCGCUCCAUCUACGAGCAGGAGGUGCGUGCACUGCGUGCGGCCGUGGAGGAGGCACGUGAGGAGCGGCAGGCCGCACAGGAGCGCCGUCGGCAGCUGGAGGAGGCUCUGAGGGCACUGCAGGGCCGCUACGAGGAUGAAGUGUUGACGCGCCAGGAGGCCGAGGGCCGGCUGGUGGAGGCGCGGAAGGGGGCGGAGGAAGCAGCGCUGGGCCAGGCUGAGGAGGAGAAGCGUCUGGACAUCCUGCUGGACGAGAUGGCCUUCCUCAAGCGACUGCACGAGGGCGAGAUCACCGAGUUGCAGGCCCAGCUGCAGUACAGCUCCCAGGUCUCCGUGGAGAUGGAGGUGGCCAAGCCGGACCUGUCGGUGGCGCUGCGUGACAUCCGGGGCCAGUACGAACGCCUGGCGCAGCAGAACAUGCAGUCCGCCGAGGAGUGGUUCCGCUCCAAAGUCAGCACUAUGGCCGACACCACGGCCCGCCACUCCGAUGACAUCCGUCUGGCCCGAGAUGAGGCGGGUGAGUUCCGCCGCCUGCUGAAGGCCCGUGACCUGGAGAUUCAGGCGUGCCAGAGCCUCAACCACGCGCUGGAGCAGCAGCUGCAGGAGGCCGAGGACAGGCAGAGCGCCGACGUCACCAACAUGCAGGACAUGAUUGCUCAGCUGGAAGAUGAGGUGAGGACCAUAAAGAAUGAGAUGGCACGCUACCUGAAGGAAUAUCAAGACCUGCUCAACGUCAAGAUGGCUCUGGAUAUCGAGAUCGCCGCCUACAGGAAGCUGUUGGAGGGGGAGGAGACACGCUUCAAUGUGGGUGGAGUCGGGGGCAUGUCCAGCAUCUUCUCACACACCAUCUCAUCCACGCCCUCCUUUGGCCGACCCGUCUUCUCCGUGCAGGCCAGCCUGAGCUCUGGCGCCCCCUACCUGCUGGGUACUCGCCUCCUCAGCUCCUCUCUCUUCAGCGAUGACCUGAUAACCCCCAGCCGGGCUCAACAGGCCGAAGCCAGCGCAGCAAAGGAGGAGGAGGAGGAAGAAGAGGAGGAGAAGGAGGAAGAAGAAGAGGAGGAGAAGGAGGAAGGAGAGGAGGAAAAGGAGGAAGAGGAGGGGGGAGAUGAGGGAGAAGGUGAUGAGGAGGAAAAAGAGGAAGAGGAGGAAGAAGGUGAAGAGGCACAGGAAGCGAAGGAGGAAGAAGGAGAGGAGGAUGCAGGCGGUGAGGAAAAGGAGGCAGGAGAGGAGGGAGAAGAGGAGGAAGACGCUGAAGGAGGAGAAGAGGGAGGGAAGGAGGAGGAAGAGGAGGAAGAUGCUAAAGGAGGAAAAGAGGGAGGGAAGGAGGGGGAAGAGGAGGAAGAGGGAGGAGAUGAAGAAGAGGAAGAAGAGAAAGGAGAUGACAAGAAGAGUCCAGAGGAGGAGAAGAAGAGCGAAGCAGAAACUAAACCAAAGAAAAAGUAGACUGGAUGCAUCCAGACCCACGGUGCUAAAUGACUUUAAAGAAUGGCAGUCUCAACACACCCCUCCUAAACACUCGCAUGCACACACAUGCGCACACACACAUGCACAUACACACAGACUGCUGUUAUCACACAGCUCUGCAUUUCCCUGAAUCAUUGUGAAUGUCCAACUCCAAAUGCAAACCAACAUUACGGCUGUAAGCAAGACCCCUAACCAGGAGCCGGUGCUGAGUGUGUGCAUGGGCCCCCAGUGUGUGUCUGACGUUUUCAUUUGUGUACGCAGCAAUUGUGUGACCUUAGCUGUGAGUGAGAGAGUAACUGCUUUUUUCUGUGUGUAAAGAGGCUGAGCAAUCCCUCCAGGCAAUGCAGUCAGCUUAUGACUUUGGAGCCAAAACCUGCCUACAACCUUAACACAAGUGUGCUUAAACAUGAUCCAAAUGCCUUAGAAUCCUUCCAAGAGGGACCAUGGUGUACAAAUAAAAUCUUAACCUGCUUCACUUCA